GCUAGACAAUUAAAGAUGAGAUGCAAUUCAUAACACGUACUUCGAUCGUACGAAGACGUUUGAUAGUUUUAUUAUAACGAGUCUAUGAUUGAUAUGGAAUCGAUGUUUGUUUCCAGGUCUUACAAUGAUGUGUUGUACUAUUAUAUGAAAUCAGAAAAAGCGGAUCUGAAAGGCUUUGAAAAAAACCCUUACAGAAGUCGAGAUGGGGUCCUACCAGUCGAAUUUGUACCAAAAAAAACAAAAUUAAUAGGCGCUUUUCUAGAAGCUGGUAAAACACUCGGACAUCCGACAGUAGAUUAUAAUGCUCCUAACGGCUUUGGUUUUGGCAAAGUACAAGUAACGAUGAGCAAAGGGCAUCGACAAAGCGCUGCCAAAGUAUUCUUACACUCCCACAAGAAGAGAAAAAACUUACACAUCUUGCCUGAAGCAAGUGCUACGAAGAUUUUGAUAGAUCAACAAACGAAUGCUGCUUACGGUGUUGAAUAUGUACGUAAUAGAGUGAAGUACACAGCAAGAGCGCGGAAGGAAGUUAUAUUGUCAGCAGGACCAAUAGCAUCACCUCAACUACUCAUGUUGUCGGGAAUAGGGCCUAAAGCACAUUUGUAUUCGUUAGGCAUACCUGUUUUAAAAGACCUUCCCGUAGGCCGCACACUUUAUGAUCACAUCUGUUUUCCCGGAUUGAUUUUUAAAGUAAACCAAACAGGUAUAAGUUUCACGGAAGAAAGAGCAGUAACACUGACAACUAUUGCGGACUGGCUGCGAGAUGGCGACAGUUUGGUUUCGUCACCCGGAGGAGUGGAAGGUAUUGGAUAUAUUAAAACCCCAGUGUCAGAUGAUCCUGAACUGGUUCCCGAUAUCGAGCUGAUCAGUAUCGGUGGGUCUAUCGUUUCUGAUGGAGGCCCUAAGGGUAGCAAAGCUGUCCGUAAAGGUAUGAGAAUUUCUGAAACAGUGUUCAACGAAGCUUAUGGAGACAUUGACAACACAGACACAUGGAGCGCCUUCCCAAUGUUGCUUCAUCCGAAGUCUGUGGGAUAUUUGGAGUUAAAGGACAACAAUCCAUUUAGUUAUCCACGAAUGUAUGGAAACUAUUUGACUGACCCGAGAGACAUGGCUACAUUUAUAGCUGCAAUUAGACAUAUACAGGCAUUGGCAGCUACGGCACCGUUCCAGAAGUACGGUUUGCAAGUGCACCCUGCUCGGUUUCCCAGUUGUCGUGGUGUUGUAUUCGACUCCGAUGAGUAUUGGGAGUGUGCUGUGCGUACAUUAACCGCUACGCUUCACCAUCAGAUAGCUACAUGUCGUAUGGGGCCCGUGGGUGACCCGCUUGCAGUAGUAGACCCAGAACUACGCGUCCAUGGGGUAUACCGCCUGCGUGUAGUGGACUCCAGCGUUAUUCCACGCACUGUGUCCGCACACACAAAUGCGCCUGCCAUUAUGAUCGGAGAAAAAGCGGCCGACAUGAUAAAAUACGCUUGGGGACUGCAGUAAGAAAAGAUUCAAGACUGAUUUAGUAAACAUAAAGGGAACUUGUAAGACUAUUGAGAUUAUUUAACAAUGAGACGAAAGGUAUAAUCAAUAGCUUUAGUGAUGGCAUUUAAAUAAAAUAUGUACAAACAUAUUGAAUAGAAUUAAAAAUUAAA